UGCUAAUCUUUGUAUUUGAGGAGGAAAAGGAAUAAGAAGCUGGAAAAUGUUCGGAAGAGGACCAAAGAAGAGUGACAAUACCAGGUACUAUGACAUUCUGGGCGUCUCCAAGAACGCAAGUGUGGAUGAAAUAAAAAAGGCCUACCGUAAAGCCGCCAUUAAGAACCACCCUGAUAAGGGCGGUGAUCCUGAAAAGUUCAAGGAGCUUGCACAAGCUUAUGAAGUUCUGGGCAAUCCAGAGAAGCGGGAGAUAUACGAUGAGUAUGGGGAGGACGCACUCAAGGAAGGAAUGGGCGGUGGUGAAGGAAUGCAAGACCCAUUUGACAUCUUCCAGUCCUUCUUCGGUGGGGGAAACCCUUUCGGAGGUAAUUCAGAGGCUGAUUUGAGUUGAAUUGUCUGGCAUUCAUCGAAUUUGAGUUUAAUAUGAUCAACAAAAUGGUGAACAGGUGGUGGUAGCGGGAGAGGAAGAAGGCAGAGGAGAGGAGAGGACGUGAUUCAUCCGAUGAAGGUCUCUCUGGAGGAUCUCUACAAUGGAACUACCAAAAAGCUCUCCCUCUCCCGCAAUGUGAUUUGCUCAAAGUGUAAUGGAAAGGGAUCGAAAUCAGGAGCUUCAACGAAGUGUGGCGGUUGCGAAGGUUCGGGAAUGAAGGUUACAAUCCGCCAUCUGGGGCCGAGCAUGAUCCAGCAAAUGCAGCAGCCGUGCAACGAAUGCAAAGGCACUGGAGAGACCAUCAGGAAAGACGACCGCUGCCAGAUCUGCAAAGGCGAGAAGGUGGUCCAGGAGAAGAAGGUUCUCGAAGUUCAUGUCGAAAAGGGGAUGCAGAACGGGCAGAAGAUCACCUUUCCCGGAGAAGCAGACGAAGCGCCUGAGAUGAUUACCGGAGACGUCGUUUUCGUUCUCCAGCAGAAAGAGCAUCCGAAGUUCAAGAGGAAAGGCGACGAUCUGUUCGUGGAUCACACGCUCUCGCUCACCGAAGCUCUGUGCGGAUUCACAUUCAUCCUCACGCACCUGGACGGAAGGCAGCUCCUGAUCAAAUCCAAACCUGGAGAAGUAGUCAAACCAGACGAAUUCAAAGCGAUCAAUGACGAAGGAAUGCCGGCGUACCAGAGACCGUUCAUCAAAGGAAAACUGUACAUCCGAUUCGUCGUCGACUUCCCCGAUUCGCUGAGCCAGGAACAGGUUGAGCUGUUGGAGUCGAUCCUCCCGCCGAGGCCGAAUCCGCUGCAUUCUGAGAUGGAGAUUGAUGAAUGUGAAGAAACGACCUUACACAAUGUUAACAUCGAGGAGGAGAUGAGAAGGAAGCGCGAGGAGGCGGCUUACGAGGAGGAUGAUGAUGAUAACCAUGCGCAUGGUGGGGCCCAGAGAGUUCAAUGUGCUCAACAAUAGAGAUGAUUUUCGAGAAACUACUUCUUAAUACUGUAGAUUGUUUUGAGAUUUCACUCCAUCGCUUGGAAAGGUAUCAUGAAAGCUAGCAAUGAAAAAAGCAAAAUGAUGAGUCCAUCCCUUUUGUGUAUGCUAAUCCUUCUUUGAUUUUUCGAGACAAAUAUAACACUACUAUUUUUGUAUCUCGACAAGCACUUAAUUUUGGUAAAUGUCUACCAUAACAUAUGGAGUACUUUGUCUACAUAGCUUAUUA